AAAAAAAGUCAAACCAUUUUGGGAAGAAAUAACAAAUGAGAUUCGGGUUAUAAAAGAGGCCUCUAGGACUGACAAAAUAUCUCAAAGAAUUCUCGAAAUAGUUGAUAAGCAUAAUUAUGCUAACGAGUAUUCUAUUGAAAGUUAUGCAAAUAUUGAAGGCGUAAACACAAAUGUUAGAAGUGCAUUAAAUGAUAUAAAAAACUUAAAAGGUUGUAAAAUGAACGAAAUUGCAAAAUGUAUUUGCGAAACUAUACAUUAUAUGGAUUUAAAAAAAGAUGAUUCUCUCUUAUCCGGGAUAAUUGAUCUUCGCUGUGUUCCAGUACAGUUGAAAUCUCACCUUAUUGAAAGAGAAUUAUGGGACAGCGUAAACAAAGAAAUAUAUCUUGAAGAGGUUCCUGAAAAUUAUAGUAAUUAUAUACGGUGUAUUGUGACAAACGAUGAUGAUAGAAUACCAGAUAAAUUUUAUGAUCCAGCCUUUAAGGAAGAAUUAAAAAUGUAUCGUGCUAUACGAGCACUAUUAUAUAGCUUGUAA